UCAGCGGCACAGCCCGCAGAGCUCGCUCCUCCUGGAGGCUCGUGCUCUCCAGUCCGGAGCAUGGUUCCAGAUCGCCGCUGUGGGAGCGUGGACGCCGAAAGGGAGGAUGGUGGGCUGGAGGGUGGUGGUUCUGUGUUUGUGGGUCUCCUGCGGCGCCACCGCGGUACAGCUGGAGUACUCGGUACCGGAGGAGACCGAACGGGGCGUAGCAGUAGCUAAUGUAGCCGCGGACUUGAAACUGCCAGCAGCCGCUCUAUCCGUGCGAAACUUUCGCUUCCUUUCCAGCUACAGAGAGCCUUACUUCGAGGUGGACCAAAGCAGCGGUAGCUUGGUGGUCCGAGAGCCGGUGGACCGCGAGAGGCUGUGCGCGACCAAAGCUGCCUGUAUCUUGACAUAUGAACUAAUAUUCGAGGACCCACUAGAGCUGCACAAGGUGCACGUCCACGUCCUGGACACCAAUGACAACUCGCCUCUCUUCCCUGCUGGCGACCUGCAGCUGCUCAUCCCGGAGUUCCUGACACCCGGAGCUCGCUUUACUCUUCCGAAUGCACAAGAUGCAGACGUGGGAAGCAACGGGGUGUUAAGCUACAGCCUAAGUCCCAACCAGCACUUUCGCCUGGACAUGGGGUUGCGGGUUGAUGGCAGCGAAUAUCCAGAGUUGAUAUUGCAGAAAGCGCUGGAUCGCGAGCAGAGUGCUACUCAUCUGCUAGUGCUCACAGCUCUGGACAGCGGGCUGCCCGCGCUCUCCGGAGAUGCACAAGUCACCAUCACCGUGGUGGACACAAAUGACAACGCGCCUGUGUUUGAACACUCCGUGUAUCGCACCAAGGUUCCAGAGACCGCUCCCCAUGGGACAGUAUUAUUCCAAGUGCAGGCCUCAGAUCCAGAUGAAGGCUCUAAUGGAGAAGUCUGGUACUCCCUAAGCAAUAGCACUAGAGCAGAGCUGCGACAUCUUUUUCAUGUGCACCCUAGAAGUGGGGAGGUGCGGCUAGCUGCUUCCCUUGGUGCACCUGAAGUACUGUUGGAGGCAUACAUCGAGGCGAGGGAUGAAGGAGCGUUUGGUUUAUCGAGCACUGCCAAACUGCUGGUGGAAGUCACUGACGUGAAUGACCAUGCCCCGGAGGUGCAUUUCAUGACUCUCUCCAGCCCUGUACCUGAGGAUGCUGCCCCUGGUACAGUGAUUGCCCUACUUAGUAUAAAGGAUGAGGACCAUGGUCCCAAUGGUAGAGUCGUUUGUAGUAUAUCUAGCAGAGGACCUUUUCAGCUGAAGGCUUCUUUUGACAACUACUACAGUUUACUGACUAAUGGGCCCCUGGACCGGGAGCAGAUGAGUGAAUACCAGGUCCUAAUUACUGCCUUAGAUGGUGGCUCACCUCCACUCAGCACCCAAAGAACACUCACUGUGUCGGUUGCUGAUGUGAAUGACAAUACACCAAGAUUUCCUCAACCUCAACAGGAAAUUUUUGUGGCUGAAAACAAUGGACCUGGGGCUUCUCUAGGUCAGGUGUUUGCACAGGACCUAGACUUGGGGAAGAAUGGUCUUGUCUUUUAUAAGUUGUUGGAUAUUAGCUCUGAAGGGAUGCCAGCCAUGAGCUUGGUGACAGUGGAACCAUCCAGUGGUGUGAUCACUGCCAAAACUUCCUUUGACUUUGAACAACUCAGGGGAUUUAGUUUUCAAGUCGAAGGCAGGGAUAGUGGCAUUCCUUCUAGAAGUGCAACAGUGACUGUGAACUUGUUUGUGGUGGACAAGAAUGACAAUGCUCCAGUUAUCUUGUUUCCUCUGCCCAGAAAUGGUUCAAUUCCUGUAGAAAUUGUGCCCCGCUCUGCCAGAACUGGACACUUGGUUACAAAAGUGGUAGCAGAGGAUGCCGACAGUGGUUCCAAUGCCUGGCUCUCCUACCACAUCUCUCAGGCUUCUGAUAUUAGCCUGUUCAGAAUUUCAGCCAGUAUGGGAGAGCUCCGGACUGCACGCUUUGUUCUUCCUACUGAUGCAGUUAAACAAAGGGUGAUGGUGGUAGUUCAGGACCAUGGAGACCCACCGCUUUCCUCCUCUGUUCUUCUUGGUGUGCUACUGAAUAAUUUUACACCACAGAUCCUUCCAGACUUUGAAGAUGCCUGGGAACCAGGAGGGCAGCUUACUGCUCAGAACUUGUAUUUAGUAAUUGCCCUGGCCUGCAUUUCUUUUUUAUUUCUGGGGUGUUUAAUUUUUUUCAUAUGUAUCAAGUUGAGCCAGAGUCUAGUCUCUUGCUCUCAGAGGGGCUGUCACACUCCAGAGGAUUGGAGGCCUAGGAGGCAGGUAGCUUCUAACCCUUGCAUGAAGUCAGCCACAAUAGAUGUCACUACAGUGGAAAGACUUUCUCAGACGUAUUUCUAUCGAGCCUCUCUGGGACUUGGCUCUGAUAAUAACAGUUUGUUAUUGCGUGGGGAAUACAAUGCUGCUGACCUAAGAAAUCUGGCCACUGGUGUAGGACUGAAUUUACCACUCUCUUGUAUUCAGAUUCGAAAUAGGAAAGGGGAUCAUACAAAUUUCAAUGCUAUGCCACGACAGCCCAACCCUGACUGGCGUUACUCUGCCUCCCUGAGAGCAGGCAUGCACAGCUCUGUGCACCUGGAGGAGGCUGGCAUUCUACGGGCUGGUCCUGGAGGGCCUGAUCAGCAGUGGCCAACUGUAUCCAGUGCAACGCCAGAACCAGAGGCAGGAGAAGUGUCUCCUCCAGUCGGUGCUGGUGUCAACAGCAACAGCUGGACCUUUAAAUACGGACCAGGCAACCCUAAACAGUCCGGUCCCGGUGAGUUGCCAGACAAAUUCAUUAUCCCAGGAUCUCCUGCAAUCAUCUCCAUCCGGCAGGAGCCUACUAACAGCCAAAUUGACAAAAGUGACUUCAUAACCUUCGGCAAAAAGGAAGAGACCAAGAAAAAGAAGAAAAAGAAGAAGGGUAACAAGGCCCAGGAGAAAAAGGAGAAAGGGAACAGCACGACUGACAACAGUGACCAGUGAGGUCAUCGAAUGGAAACAAGCCACUUAGCCAGUUUUUGUAAUAAUGGCUAAUCUCUCCCAUGUAGCACCUCCCUGUUCCUUUCUCCUAUUGACAUGAGUCCUAUUACAGACCUCAGAAAUCUGCAGAAAGUUCCCUGUGUCUGUGUAGAUCACAUUUAACAGAUUUUUGUCUUAAAAGCUUUCCUAAGUCUGGUGUUAACUCUUUCUCUCCGCUCUGGCUUGUUUUCAGAACCUAAAAAGCAGACCCAAGUUUCCUUUCUCCUCCGUCGCAAAGGAGAGCCUUCCCAGCCCCGCCAGUGAGAGGUUGGACUCUCUACCCUGUGCUCCGGGGAUCCUGUCUUGAUGACACUUGCAGGGCAGGCUGAAAGGUUUUGAGAUUGGGCAGCUUGGGUGUCUGUGGCUGUUGGGUAUGUGUGGCUGCCACCAUUAUUCAAGUGUCAGAUACUGGCUGGAAUGGGCCACAUUAGACUAGUACACGAGGAAGGUGGAGAAACAGGCAAAGAAACAGAAGGAGUUACCAAGCAGGAGGGGAAAUGUGAAAGUAAAAACAACCACACUUUCUAAAUCUCACAGUUUAAGAAGUGGUGGCCACCCUCCAGCAAACAAAACUACCCCUACUGACAAGACUUUAGGUGUAAGUCUGUUGGCUGUGGUGUCAUUUUGCUUAAAACUUGCAUUUGAAGUACAAGCCAACAGUUCAGUGUUUAAGAGAGGGCCAGCCAGGGCAACAGAAGCAGAUCUGAUGUGUUUCCUGUUUAUGUCCUUAUGCUCACUUUAUUAAAAAUUCUUUUGCACACAAUGUUUAUGAAAAGGCCAGAUCCUUUUCCAACAGUACAUAUGCAAAAGCAAAAGAAAAAAGAAAACCCCAACACCUCACUUUAUGCUGUUUGUUGUUUGAUAGAUUUAUUUAAAAAGAAAGUCUAUAGCUAUAAAUCUUUAAGGAAAAAUAUGAUGAAUUCCCCUAAAGUCCCCUCAAAAGAGAAUCCACUCUACAGCCAUUUAAAUGAUCACUGCUGCUACAGAAGUGCUUUAAGAGAAUUGCCUGAAACAUCUGUAUUAUACCAGCCACCUGCCAAUCACAGCUUUACUCUUUCAGGUCACUCUGGGGCUGCCUCUUGCAUGUAUUAAUUACUAAAUAAAAGGAUCUUUCUCUCUCUUUUCUAAGAAAAAUGAUGUGCACUUUGAAUACACAACUUGUCUAACAAACUCUAUCAAGACCCAGAAAUUGAAGAAAAAUAUUGUUUUCUCAUACACACAGUGAGCAGACUUUUCAGUCCUCUAAUUCUGUGACUUGUCUUGGUGUGAUAGCCUACACCUUCUCUGGUUUAGUUUUCCUUUUCUAUAACACUCUGAAUUGCUAAUAUUACUAACACCUAUGAUGUUACCUGAAAUCAAUCUCCCAUAUGUAUGCUGUAUGCUAUUAUAAGACUCCUAAAAUAUACUUACUCUGUGCUUGUGUAUGUGAAUGUUAAUGCAAUUAUUACCUAGAGUGAACUUUAAGCUUUAUUGUUGAAUGUAAUUCCAUUAUAUUUCUUUUUGUACACCUGUGAAAAAGUGGAAUAGUGUUUUUUUUAAACCAUUGUUAAUCAGCUUUUGUGUAUGAAAGACAUAGUAAAAUUUCUUUCUUAAAUCAAGAUACUGGUGAUUCAAGGAAUUUUAUUUAUGGUCAGCCAAGAGCUAUCUCUUGCCAAGACUCCUGCUGGCAAGGGAAUGGAUAAUGCUGUUUUUUUCUAGUAACAAUUCUGGAAGGAAUAAUGAAGAUGUUCCCUGAGGGUACAAGCACAAAUUUUACCAAUCUGACCUCUUUGAAGUGGCAGAAUGCUUUGAAAUUGGAAUGCCAUCUGGAAUAUCAGCUCAUAGAAAAUAAUAAAAUUUAUUGUCAUCUUAAAUAAGAUUUUUAGUUUUGUUAUGUAUAACUUAGAAGUUUGAUUAUAUUAUCUAUUUAAAAAAUAUAAAAGGGGUAGGAGUCUGUUGUUUAAAAAGACAUUAAAUCUCAAAAAAACCUGUCUUGUCUAUUUUUAGCUUCAUUCUCCCAUAUUUUGAAGGGUGUGUAACUUCAGCUCUGCAGGAUUGCAUGGGGUAAAACUUGUUGCCAACACACGUGAACCAUUGCUACAUUGUAGGUUGUGAUCAUUUUGCCCCACUGAAGCCCAUGUAACUGACCUUACGUGCCUUUUGAACUAGGAGAAUCGGGCUAAUUUAUUAAUGAUGAUAAUUAUAAUGUAUCUGUACAGCACUUUUUAAAUUUGUGAAGUGCUUUCCAAUCCAUGUUAGUUACUAGUGAUUACAGCUGUAAGGAUAAAACGCGUCAUGUAGAUUCAUUUUUAAUUGGUGCUAUUGGUAUUUCCUCUGUUAUUGCUAAUAAAUGGAAAUGGUGGUAUGAAAGAAAUGGUGGUCAUUUAUAAGAGUAGGAGAAAACAGAACACUGACCUUUUGUUAGCUAUUAUUGCUGAAGAAAAUAGAAGCAAUAUGAAUGUUACCACUCCCUGGUUAUUACCCUGCUUUUAAUGUUCAUCACUAAGGCAAAAUACCUAUGAAUCAAUAAUCAAAAUCCACAAUAUUACCAGAAUAGGUAGCCAUGAGGUUGCUGGUACACUAUUGUAUCUUAUCUGAUAAGAAUAGAAAAAAAAAACUACUUUUUAUCACCAAAGCAAAUCCAAUCAUUUUGUUCAUUAUUUGUUUAUCUCUUGCACUAGUCUAUAUUUGAAAAGUUUAAUAAUGCUCCAAGAAAUCAUGUAACUUUUAUUGAUUUCAGAGUAAAUGCCAGAUAUUCUACUAAAUUCAAUUCAUAGUACAUGUUCUUUAACAAACACAUUUUAUUGUCCCUCUACAGUUAAAUUUUCUGAGCAUAGGUUUUAGGUGCAAUGCUACUGAACUUGGAACAAGCCCCAACCCACUUCAAUCCCUGUCCAGAGAUAUUUUGGUUUUUAUUAUUUGAAGUAGGAGGUGUUUUGGGGCAUCCAGUGGCUAGAGACAGGAGAUGCUGCAAACACCCUAUAAUACACAGAAUAGCCUUCCAGAACAAGACUGAGUGAUGUCGAGAUAGAGUGAUUAUAUAAUUUGUUUAGCCCACUUUUAAUACUGAAAAGAGACACCAUCAAUAACUUUCAAAUUCAAGAUUUAAACAGUUUGUCCCAGCUAAGCGAGGUACAUAAAGACUCUGCUUAUUAAAUAAGCUAGUAUAGCUCCAUCACCAACUUGAUGGGAACCUUGGGCAAGAUACAACUGUAAUUAUUCUCUUA